AUGAGCAUCACAGACGUCCUUAGUGCUGAUGACAUUGCAGCAGCCCUGCAGGAGUGCCAAGACCCAGAUACUUUUGAACCCCAAAAAUUCUUCCAGACAUCCGGCCUCUCCAAGAUGUCGGCCAGUCAGGUGAAGGAUGUUUUUCGGUUCAUAGACAACGACCAGAGUGGAUAUCUGGAUGAAGAAGAGCUUAAGUUUUUCCUCCAGAAGUUUGAGAGUGGUGCUAGAGAACUCACCGAGUCAGAAACCAAGUCUCUGAUGGCGGCUGCGGAUAAUGAUGGAGACGGAAAAAUUGGGGCUGAUGAAUUCCAGGAAAUGGUACAUUCUUAAAGACCAUGGGCUAUGACAUAGACACGAUCAGCUGGAAGGCCUCCAGAGCCCCAGGAACGGGAAACCCCACUUCCUCCUCCCCCUAAUUUAUUUAUUAAUUUCCCCCUGAAACGUUUCUGUGACUUGCUCAUUGUUUUAGUGAGGUAAUAAGACAGUCAUUCAAUACUUUCUGGUGGUGGGUAUGCCCCAGUGACUCUCAUUAGGCCCUCAGCAGACAAUGCCUUUAAAAAUUAUCCAAUAAAGACACAUUUCUCAUCA